AUGAGCGACGGCGAAAAGGCCCCCACGCAGCACAAGCGAUCAAAGUCCAGCGCCGUCACACGAGCACUGUCGAGAAUAUCGACUCGAGGCGAUGUCCCUACCAUAAACACCACCAACACCGCGCAGAACGAAGGCGAGAUGUCGUCCACCAGCCCCGCGGCGGACUCGAAUGGCCUGUUGAGCCCGGCAGCUUCACGACCGAGCAUGGCAAGCAGUACACGACCGCAUCUGAGCACGACAAUGAGCACCGUCGGCAGCCUGCCGAAGUUCAGCGAGACGAGCCCCAUCUCGGCCACGCCAGGCAGCGCGACACAGGGCGCCACAAUCGAGCAGAGCGUGAAGCUGUUCAAGGUCUUUGAGGCGUUGAGGAAUGGUGACACUGCCGCGAUUGCGAAAGCGACAAAGGAUGACAGCGACGGCAAGCUCGAGCGCACUUCGACGCUACAUUUGGCGAUCCAGUGCGCGGAGCAGCCGGUAAUUGAGUAUGUGCUGUCGCAGCCCGGUACGGAUGUGAACGCGCGGGAUAAGGAUGGCAAUACGCCGUUGCAUGUUGCUGCGAACUUGGGCAGGGCGCCGGUGGUGAAGCUGUUGCUUGAGCAGACGGAGAUCAAUGAUUCUUCUGCCAACUUGCAAGGGAAGACGGCGUUGGACCUGGCGCGCAAUCCGGAGAUAUUUCAGCAGCUGCAGUUCGCGCGGUCGGUGUUCAUCGAUCAGAAUGUGCGGAAGGUGCAUCAGCUUGUGGGCGCUGGGGACUACGAUGGCUUGGAGCAGCUAUUGGGCGAUAGUCGAGUGCGCGCUGCCGUGGAUGUCAACGGCCCUGAACUUGCGACUGACCCUGCGACGACCGAGCAUGGCGGGAGCUUGCUGCAUGAGGCGGCGCGGAAGAAGGAUCUCAAGCUGGCGCAGAUGCUAUUGUUGAACGGCGCGGAUCCAUUCAGACGAGACAGGAAGGGCAAGCUGCCGCAGGAUGUUACGAAAGACGACCGGACGCGUGCUAUCCUCAAGCGAUCUCCGGCUGCUCAGGCGGCUCAGCGAAGCAUACAAGAGAAGACGAUACUCGGAGAUACCGCACAAGCUGGUGGUCCUGCUGGCACGGAAGCCGGACCUGGCGGGAAAGAGAGUAGGGAGAUGAAGGGCUACCUGCGCAAGUGGACGAACUACACCUCUGGGUACAAGCUGCGAUGGUUCGUGCUGGAGGAUGGAGUGCUGUCUUACUACAAGCAUCAGGACGAUGCUGGGAGCGCGUGUCGUGGUGCGAUCAAUAUGCGGAUCGCGAAGCUGCAUAUGGACCCCAAGGACAAGCUGCUGUUUGAGAUCCAUGGCAAGAGCAGUGUCAAGUAUAAUCUGAAGGCCAAUCACCAAGUCGAAGCGAAGAGAUGGUAUUGGGCGCUGAACAACGCAAUUCAAUGGGCUAAAGACGAGGCCAAGGAAGAACAAAAGAGGCAGCAACAGGAGUCGUUGGCACUGCGAGAGGCGAGACACGAGCAGCUGGAGAGGGUGCGUACUCGAGAAGCUGAGGUUGCGCACACCGGCGGUGGUCUUGUGCCAGCGACAGCUGUUGGUUUGACUACUGGCAGCUCUACACCUUGGGGCGGAAGCACGGUCGGCGACCAGACGAGUGCUUAUGAGGCAAGCGAUGCUGGUCACGACAUGAUCUCGAACAGGGGACUCAGCCGGACCAACACUGCCACCAACAUCGAAGGCGACCUUGACGAAGACGAGGAGUACGGCGAUGAUGCCAGCAGCCACGAGAUGCGACCGGCGAACAAGGAUGCCUUCUCGAUCACUGCUCAAAGCGCCAAACUCCAGUUGGACCUUAUCGAGCAGGUUUCGACGGCUCUGCAGACGCAGAAGAAGGAGAACCCAGAUAUGUCUAUAUCUCAUCCAACGGUGUCGCAGGCUCUCGGCUCCUAUGACAUGGCUGUCGGGAAUCUCAAAGGCCUGCUCAUCGACCUCCUGCGCAUCAGUAGAGACCACGAAGCAUACUGGCAGUACCGCCUCGACCGGGAGCAGAACAUCCGUAGAUUAUGGGAAGACAGCAUGGCACGCGUUGCGCAAGAGCACGAAGAGCUGGAGACCCGUAUCGGCGAAAGCGAGGACAAACGUAAGCGGACAAAGCGCGCGCUCAAAGACGCUCUUGAAGGUGGCGUCACUCCUGGUGCUACGCCGGGCACUUUCACGCACGCUGAGGAGGAGGAAUCCAAAGACUUCUUGAGCGUCGACAAGCGCCGACCUACCAUUGCCGACUUCACGAAUCACGAGGUGUCUGACGACGAGACGGAGGAUGAAGAGGAGUUCUUCGAUGCUGUAGAUGCGGGUGAGGUGGAAGUGGUGGAGUCGUUGCCUCCGACCAGCCCGCCUGCUGUGGCCGAGAAGAUGGCAGAUCCUACUGCUGCGGCAGUGAGCGAUACCCCGGCUGCUAGGGAAGGCGAGCAGGAGAAAGCUCAGGAGAUUUCCCGAUCAUUCAAGGGCUACGAAGAUGGCCUGCGAAAGCGACUGAAGCUGGACGCAGACAACAGGCCCAAGGUCGGGCUUUGGGGCAUCUUGAAGUCUAUGAUUGGCAAGGACAUGACACGCAUGACGCUGCCGGUGUCCUUCAACGAGCCGACAUCGCUGCUCUACCGCGUGGUGGAAGACAUGGAGUACGCUGAUCUCCUGAACAUCGCUGCUGACCGCAACGACUCGAUGGAGCGCAUGGUCUACGUGGCAGGGUUUGCGGCCAGUAUCUACGCCAGCACCAUUGGACGUGUUGCGAAGCCGUUCAACCCGCUUCUGGGUGAGACGUACGAGUACUGCCGGCCAGACCUGGGAUACCGCUUCUUCAUUGAGCAAGUCUCGCAUCAUCCGCCAGUCGGCGCCGCGCACGCGCAGAGCCCGAAGUGGGAGUACUACGGCGAAAGUGCAGUAAAGUCAAAGUUUUACGGCAAGAGCUUCGAGUUCAAUCCAUUAGGAACCUGGUUCCUGCACCUCCGCACCCCCGACGGCGGCGAGGAGAUGUACACCUGGAAGAAAGUCACCUCCAGCGUCGUAGGCAUCAUCACCGGCAACCCAACCGUCGACAACUACGGCCCCAUGGAAGUCAAGAACUGGACGACCGGCGAAGUCUGCACCCUCGACUUCAAAGCCAAGGGCUGGAAAGCCAACUCCGCCUACCAAGUCGCCGGCAAAGUCGUCGACGCCAAAGGCACCACGCGCUGGUCCAUCGGCGGCCGCUGGAACGACAAGAUCUACGCCCGUCUGACGCCCGGUUACGAAGCGCCGCUCGAGCAGCUCUCCGGCGGCGGCAAAGCGAACGAUAAAGCUUUCCUCGUCUGGGAAGCCCAUGAACGACCCACCGGUAUCCCGUUCAACCUCACUCCCUACGUCGUCACGCUCAACGCUCUGCCCGAGUCGCUGAAGCCCUGGCUCGCGCCCACGGACUCCCGUCUGCGGCCCGAUCAGCGCGCGAUGGAGGAAGGCGAGUACGACUUCGCCGCUACGGAGAAGAAUCGCGUGGAAGACGGCCAGCGGGCGCGGAGGAGGGAGCGGGAGGCGAAGGGCCAGGAGUUCGAGCCGAGGUGGUUCAAGAAGGGACGGCACCCGGUUACCGGGGAGGAGUAUUGGGUUUUCAACCAUGAGUAUUGGGAUGUGAGGGAUGCGGUGGGUGAGGGGAGGAGGGGGUGGUUGGAUGAGGGGCUGGAGGAGAUUUGGUAG